CAGUAAUUGAUUGCUAAAAUGUCUCUUUAUCAAUAAUAGGCUAUUAGUUUGUUUUAUAACAGCAAUACCUGGUCGUGCGGUUUGCGUUUUGGACUGAUUCAACAGUCCCGGGUUCAUACCCUGCUUGCUUCGUCGUCCAGCGGGAUGUUUAGAUAAGGAAGUAAAUUAUCUUCAACUUUGAAGGAAUAUCCAAAACAUGAAAAACAUUUUGCAGAAAAAAAAAUUUACAACGUCAACAUCCGAUGGGGGCCGGUUCUAAGUUUGAGUUAUAACACAAAAUCUCUUUGUAAUCUUUGUAAUCAAUGUGCUGCUGCAGGUUGUAACUCCUCAGAGUGGACCUGCACCACUGGUCAGUGUAUUGAUAUCGGACAUCGGUGUGAUGGAACUGACCAGUGCACAGACACAAGUGAUGAAGCGAACUGCAGUUGUGAGUCUUCACAGUGGACUUGCACUAUUGGCCAAUGUAUCGAUAUUGGACAUCGGUGUGACGGAGCUGACCAGUGCACAGACAAAAGUGAUGAAACUAAAUGCUGUCAGUUAAUUCAUUUUCCUAACAAUAAAAAACUUUCAUUUAGUUACGUAUUAAAUUCAUUCAUUGAAAAAGUUUAGAAAGGGAGAUAAAAGGUACGACAAGAUGCCAGUUGGGCCGACAUUAUCUAUUGUGAUGAUAAGCCGAUCAACUUGUUGAUUGCAAUAGAUGAAGGAGAAACUGAAGACAUCAACAUCAUUAUAAGAGACUUUCUCAAAGACUUUCUCAAAGAUGUUUCUGUUAACGGUAAAAACGUGUUGGUUAGGUUUCUGAAGUAUAAAGGGACAACUAUAAUGGCUUUUAAUCGCACAGAAGUGAGCAAGGUUAAGAUAUUGAAAGCUGUAGACGAACUGAAAUGGGAGCCCUCGCCCUACGCUGACUUUAGAGAUAUCGUAAGCUAAGCCAACUCAAUAUCCGCAUACUACUUCGGGGCUUAUCGUCAGAGAGCUCGGAAUAUUUUGCUUCUGAUAACCCCCUACUUAAGCAAAUACAACUACAUAAGUUUUACUGCGGUGACCAAAAUGAUUAAAGAAAGAGGAAUGCACAUUAUAGCUGUCGGGGUUGAAUUGGGCCUACGAGAUAGCCAAUACUUAAAGUAUGUGGCGAGUGAGCCUGUAGAGAACAACACGUUUGCUGUGGAUGCUGCUAAAGAUUUGAAUAAGAUCAUCCCUAGUCUUACGUCAGCACUAUGUCAAGGAAACUCCUUCAAUGAGAUUACGGAUAAUUUUACACCAACACUCCUGACAUUAACUCCAGUGCUUGAUAAAACUACAGGACCUUCAACUUUAGUUUCUACAGCCAGUGGUUCAACGGAUUACACAGCAGUUAUAGUCAGCCUGGUGGUCAUAACCAUUUUUUUUCUAGCAAUCGUGGCGUACAAAUUUAAAGAGAAAUUUCGGUGUUUUUCAAGGAACACACGAAUUUCUACAAUUUCCAUUCAAAGUAAAGACCAGGAUUAUCUAGAUGUAGACCAUUAUGACUAUUUACAACACUAUGAACUAAAAACUGAAGACCUUAGCAAGACACAGGAUAAAGACACUGACUAUCAUGAUCUACUGGACUAUGACAAGCAUGACCAUUAUAAUGAUGUCUACAAACAAGAGACCUAUAUGGGAGUUGGCAAUGAUAAAGAAGUGCAUCCAGAAGACCAUUAUGAUAAUUUGGACUAUAAAAUGGAAAUGGUAUCAGGAUAUAUCACACCAAAGGAGGUUCUCUACAACAGCACUACAUUUAAUGAUUAUGAUAAGCUAGAGCAAUCUAGAGGUGAAGAGCACAUUUAUGGCAGACCUAGAUCUACGGGGAACUUUACACAAAGGCCAGAACUUCCUGCAUUCACUAAAGAUGUUAAAGGCAAGCCUAGACGGGGUACUUUAUAAAACACGGGUACAAAGCUAUAUACCACGUGACAUAAGGUCAAGAUCAAGUAAAAACUUUACAAAGAGCAGUCCAAAAAUAAGUGGACAGGAAACAAACACAUCUAUCUGGAUGUAUACAUACGCUUCUAUUUAAAAGCCAUUCAGGGCCGGCCUUAGGCCUUAGUGGGCCCCGCACUGUUAUAGGCCCCGUGCUAAUUCUAGGUUUAAAUUAUUUAAUGAAACCUUUGUGACUUAUGACAGGGUUCCCGCAGCCUCAUGGUUUUCCAGGAGCAUAUUAAAAAAACUCCUGAAAUUGCGAAAUUGAAAAAGGCCUGGAAAUCUCCUGAAAUUAUUGAAAAUCUCCUGAAAACUCAUAAAAAUGUCCUAAACAUAGACAAAAUUGUCGCUUUGGGCGGUCAAUCAAUUUGGAAAACGCUAAUCUUUCGAGCAAUAAAAAAGGUAUUGUCAGAUUUCAUUUAAUAAAAGUAUAAUACAAAGACAAAUUUAUUUUCUAAUACAAAAUCUUAGUUUUCACUUACUAUCCUUAUCCCUACCCAGACUGGGGCCUGCGCAUUCCGGUUCGCGUAGGGUCCCGCAAUAGUUAGGGCUGUCCCUGAAGCCAUUUGUACAUAUGACAAAUAAAUUGGAUUAUGAACAUUGUUUCAAAUCUCUUACAAUCUGUCAACUACCUGGUGUUUAUUCUGUUCACACUGUAAACUUUGACAAAAAAACUUUGCUCAUAGAGAUUUUAAUUUCUUGAAAUGCAUUAUGUUAUUUUAAUAAUAGCAAAUGUACGCUCAUUAAAAGAAAAAAAAGAAAAAAUUAUUCAAUAAUUCAUGUAACAUAAGUGUGGUGAACAAUGCGGACAAUCCCUUUAUAAGAAAAGGUGCCAUUAAGAUACUCACGGACUAUCUUUUAAUAGUCUACCUGUUGCAUUGAUAUUACCAAGACGUAACCAUAUCCAUUUACAAGCUUUUCUACCAGACAGAGUGAGCUGAUUUAAGCUUCGAAAAGUAUGUACUAAACAAGAAUUUAUUUAUUUGUUUAUAUUUCUAACGUUUAUAUGUAUAUAUAUAUAUAUAUAUAAAUAUUCGUUAUGUAUGGUUUAUGAAGUAUAUGUGUAUAUGGUAAGUGUAUUAUAUGUAUAAGGUACAUGAAUUAUUUAUUGAUUUCUAGACUAUGUUUAUCGGAAAAUAUUACUAUAUAUAUGUGUUAAAUGCAUUAUGUUUAUAUGGUAUAUGGUAUGCAUUAUGCGUAUGUAUACGGUAUAUACAUUCUAUGUUUAUGGUGUAUGCAUUAAGUGUCUUUGAUAGAUGUAUUUUGUUGUAUACAUUAUAUCUCUAUGGUAUAUAUAUUAUUUGUAUAUAGAAUUAAUAGUAUCUCAUUGUGGUUCAUUUUGUACACCAAUGAUUUUCAAUCCGAUAGUUCUUGUUGCUCCUUCACAAAAUUCGCUGAUGAUGCGGCUCUUCUUGUCCUGCUCUCAGAGAGCUCAGACGUAAAUGAGUAUUUCAAAGAGUUAGAACACAUUGAAGGAUACUGUGAAGAUAAUUUUUUAUUAUUAAAUGUAAAAAAAAAACAAAGAAAUGAUAAUCGAUUUUCGUAUGGACAAGAAGGAAAAUGAUAUUGUUUUUGUAGCUGGAGAGAGUAUUGAAAUUGUGCAAACCUUUAAAUACCUUGGUACUAUCCUAGACAAUAAACUAAAUUUUACUGCAAAAACUGAUUAUAUCAGCAAAAAAGGGCAGCAAAGAUUACGAUUACUAAGAAAACUGUCCUCGUUUAAUGUUAGCGAAAAGGCCUUGGCUAUGUUUUAUCACGCUCACAUCUGCAAUAUUUUAAGUUUCAAUAUCACUGCCUGGUAUGGCAAUCUGAGCAUUAAAAAUAAAAAUAAACUUUACAGAAUCCUAAAUGCUGCUGGCAAAAUCAUUGGCAAAAAACAACCCCCAUUUGGGCAGUUGUUUGAGACAAACAUCUAUAAAAAAGCUAACAAGAUCCUCGAAAUAAAGAAUCACCCUUUGUGUCAGGAUUUUGUGAUUUUACCAUCACAAAAGAGAUACAAGACACCGAUAGCAAAGACAAACAGACACAAACACUCUUUUGUUCCCCUGGCAAUCAAAUCAUUAAAUAAGAACAAUCUGGUAUAAACUUUGUUACAUGUAAAUUAUGAGUGAGUCUGGUGUGAAUGUACACUUUGGUUUCUUAUAGUUAUAAUGUUUUUUGUUUGGUGUAAUGCACAAAUUGUAAGACAAAUUUGCAUACGGACAAUAAAGAUUA